GUGAGGAAAGCGAGACUCUGGACUUCCAACUGCUCAGCAUGUGAACCGACGCUGUGUAAAGUCAAGUCGAAAAACGGUGGAAAUAUAAGACUUUUUUCGUUUUAAAUGCUUCUCGUUUUGCGCGAAAGUAACGACGCGGCAGUGCUAAACGCACUGGAAUAAUUACUGUUUGCAUUACUUCAAGAAAAUGGGACUUUAAGUGUUAUUUUUCAGCGGAUUGGGAGUGAGAGUGGACUGCUUGGAGUCACUUACAAAGACCAUCAAGAAGUCAUGACACGACGAACGUUUCACUCGGAUUUUUCUUCAUAAAAUACGAAGAAAAGACUAUUACGACAACUUGAAGACGAGUUACUCGGACUACGAGCUAAGUGUUGCUACAAUUAAUGCAGAUUUGCUUUGCUUUUGAACCGUUUUCAAGUCGCCCUACUUGAAUCAAAGUUUUUCCUUCCCUCCCCCUCCUCCCCAACUAUGGCGGCGGCCAGGUCCACCACUGGCUCCGUGUUGCUGCGGAUCAUGUGGCUGGUGUGCGGGCUAUCCUCACUCACUUCUGCUCAGCAUUAUAACAGCGAAAGUGGAAUAUCCGUCCCAGAACACGGGUUUUGCCAGCCCAUCUCCAUCCCGCUUUGCACCGACAUCGCCUACAACCAGACCAUAAUGCCGAACCUCCUGGGCCACACGAACCAGGAGGACGCCGGACUAGAAGUGCACCAGUUCUACCCUCUUGUUAAGGUCCAGUGUUCUGCGGAUCUUAAGUUCUUCCUCUGCUCCAUGUAUGCACCGGUCUGUACAGUUCUGGAGCAGGCCAUCCCCCCUUGUCGGUCCCUUUGUGAGCGUGCACGGCAGGGAUGCGAAGCCCUGAUGAAUAAAUUCGGCUUCCAGUGGCCGGAGCGGCUCCGCUGCGAGGCUUUCCCCGUCCACGGAGCCGGUGAGAUCUGCGUCGGCCAGAACACGUCGGAACCCAGCAGCCCGCCCUCCUCGUCAUCCCCCUAUGCACCCGACCCUGUGACCCUUCCUCCAAACAUAGGCCGACCCAACCAACGCCCGCUGCAGCCGAACCAGUACCAUCAAUUCUCCUGCCCGCUACAGCUGGAGGUGCCUCCUUACCUGGGCUACCGGUUCAUGGGGGUCAAGGACUGCGGAGCACCGUGCGAGCCCACUAAACCAACCGGCAUCAUGUAUUUCCGGGAGGAUGAGGUGAAAUUCGGCCGGCUGUGGGUUGGAAUCUGGUCUAUUCUGUGCUGUGUGAGCACCUUGUUCACAGUGCUCACCUACUUAGUGGACAUGAGGCGGUUCAGGUACCCCGAGAGGCCCAUCAUCUUCUUAUCUGGGUGUUAUUUUAUGGUGGCGGUAGCCUACGCUGCUGGGUUUUUCCUGGAGGACAAGGUUGUUUGUGUGGAUAAAUUCAAGGAGGACGGCUACAGGACUGUGGCUCAGGGGACUAAAAAGGAGGGCUGCACCAUCCUCUUCAUGGUGUUGUACUUUUUUGGUAUGGCCAGCUCCAUCUGGUGGGUGAUUUUGUCCCUGACUUGGUUCCUCUCUGCUGGAAUGAAAUGGGGCCACGAGGCGAUCGAAGCAAACUCUCAGUAUUUCCACCUGGCCGCGUGGGCUGUCCCGGCCAUCAAAACAAUCACCAUCCUCGCCAUGGGUCAGGUGGAUGGCGACGUCCUGACAGGGGUGUGUUUCGUUGGGAUCUUUAACGUGGACUCCCUCCGCGGCUUCGUCCUGGCCCCGCUUUUUGUCUACCUGUUCAUCGGCACGUCCUUCCUCCUGGCCGGCUUUGUGUCCCUCUUCCGAAUCCGCACCAUCAUGAAGCACGACGGCACCAAGACGGAGAAGCUGGAGAAGUUAAUGGUCCGGAUCGGCGUGUUUAGUGUGCUCUACACGGUACCGGCCACCAUCGUGAUCGCCUGUUACUUCUACGAGCAGGCCUUCAGGGAGCACUGGGAGCGGACCUGGCACAUGCAGACCUGUAAGCGCUUCGCCGUACCCUGUCCGGUUCACAACUUCGCCCCCAUGACCCCGGACUUCACAGUGUUCAUGAUCAAAUACCUGAUGACCAUGAUCGUCGGGAUCACUUCGGGUUUCUGGGUCUGGUCCGGGAAGACUCUUCAAUCAUGGCGGAGGUUCUACAAGCGCCUUAGCAACGGUAACCAUGGAGAGACAACGGUGUAAAGUUCAGAGGAUGAAAGGGCGCAAAGCCACGGAUACAACAACCAUGUACAUGAGGUCAAAUAGCUUUCAUUUUUAAUACUAUUUCGGACAUGUUUUUGAUUGGAUUUUUGUGCUUUCAGCUUGUGACAGCAAUUCAGGCUUUUGGACAUACAACCAAACUUUAAUCUAUAUUUGAUAGAAGUUGGAUGAAUUUUCAAUAUAUACCUUUUUUUUUCUUUUUUUAUUUCCAUCAUCAGAGAGCACACACUCCCGGCAUUUGCAUCUUUGGAUUAUCUUUGGUGUAAGUGGCCAUGCUGGACUGAAAUGCCAGACUGGUGAAGUUACUUUUAAUAUGAAACUCCCUACAUAUUAUUGAUUAUAUCCUUUAAUAUUACUAUUUGAAUGUACUUCCUGUCCACUCUAGUGAGAGCUUCUCAGUGGAAAACACCAUAACAAAAGACUGAUGGGUCAGGCAGUGUGGCCUUCGGUCCAUGCUGCAGCAGAAAGGUCAAAGGUUUGAUCCCUACAGCAGCCGCACCCUCUGACUGUGAAUUCAUGAAUUAGGAUGCCUGGAUUGUACAUGCAUAUUUGAAGUUACUCUGCUUUUAGCUAAAGACUGAACUUCUUUUUAAUACACAUGUUAGACAUUGCAGAGCACAAUCUCGCCUGUUUUAAUCCGAGGAAUAAUGCAUCAAUUUCUGAUCCCACCAUAAUGUGCCAAGUGGCUGCCCAGAAAUCAAAAAGAUUUAUUUCACAUCUUUUUUUUACUGUGUUUUUUCAGACUGUUGAGAAUUUGCUCCUGUAUUGAAUGUUCACUCCGAAGGUGAAUGAAGUUAUGUAUUGGUUUGCACAGCGAUCCUUUAGGUUAAAAGUGUUAAAAAUGACUGAUUCACUUCAGGAUGACCUGGAUCAAACAAAGAGACCACACACACACACACACACACACACACACACACACACACACACACGAACGGGCCUCCACUCUCUGCAAUGAAGACAACAGCUCAUUGUUUGUCUCUGUGUGUGGUCUCUCCACUGUUGGAUCCCCCAUCUAAAAGACUUUUUAAGCUUUUAAGACAUCCAAAGCACCAUUUCAAGGAUCCAGAUUUAAUCCGUACGGGAUGGAAGUGGUUGCUCAGGAUUUUUAAUGUUAUUUUACCCUGGAUAAAGAUGACUGUACACAUUCACGCCUGUAUUCUAUCCAAUGUAACUGACUCUGCCUUACUCCCAUGUAAUUUCACUUGAAGUGUUAAAUGAUUUUCACAAGCAGACUGAACAUUUUAGAGUUUUUAAUGUAUCAUUAUUUUAGUGUCUGGGCUACACCAGCCUUCAAAACACAGAGAAACUGCAUUUAUUUUCUUACCAUCUGAAAACAGGAUUUAUGUUUGAUGUUCUAAAUCAUGGAAACACCAUGGAGGAGGUCAAAGGUCACAACCGUGUGGGGGGUAUAUAUAUAAUUUUUAUUAUUUGGAGAGAGUGGAGUGGAGACAGACUGUGCGAUGUUAAGUGGAGAUGGAGUGUUUUAUCUGGGACCAAAUCACUGGAGAUAAUACAGCAGGUUAUUACUACAGAAUUAAGUCUGUUGAUGAAGUUCGACAUCUGCAGUUCACAACAAUAGUUUUUAAAAAAAUCAGCGUAAACCUUGGGAAAUUAGGACCCUCUCAACUAAAUGGUGCAUCAUUAAAAUAACCUGACCUAAUAGUGUAUGUCAGUCUGUUUUUAUUUAUUUUCUGACACCUGAGUAGUUUUUGAAAUUUCAGUGGAAACUUAACUCUGAGAAAAAGUUAGAAUGAUCCUGUUGUCACUUAACAGUGCUGAGUACGUUAUUGAUACCAACAGCAUCAAUAGCAUAAAGGUAACCAGUGAUUUAGUCCCAUUGGUAAUCCACUGUUGCCUGCAGGAGUAUAUUUGAACUGAAUCAGAAGGACUUCUUGUUGGGAAACCUGUAGCACAAGUUCUCUACAUAGAUGACAUGUAAAUGAUGAAUGGAAACACCCUGCAGCAAUUAGGGAAGACUCACAACAUUAUGACAUUAUGGACCUGGUGUUGUAAUCAUUUUAAACAGAAAAAGCUGUGUCCUGAAUCCACACGUGCUGUUACGAGAAAGAAUACAAGAAAUGUCGCAUUUCUCAUGUGAAUGUACUACAUACCUCAAACCCCGGUUACAGGAUUGAAUUAAGAAACAGGGCAACACUCCACUACACAUGCGUCAUCUCUCGUCCAUCAAGUUUUUACCUAACAAGGCAAAAGUAUUCUCUGUAAUUGUCUUCAGACAGCAGAGAUCUGCCAGUGUUAAUGAUACCAGACUGAUGUGUUUGUCUUGUACCAAGUCUUCAGAAGGAAUAUGAGCGUGUGCGUGGGUUUUUUUUAUUAGAACAUAUGCAACCUACCAAGUAAACAGACAGUUUUUUUUAAAUGCAUAUUGUAUUUAUGGGGAUACUCAUUUUUGUCUUUUUUUACUUGUUUUUUUGUUAAUGACAUAAGCCUGUUGUAUGUAUACAGUUUGAAUAAAAACGAUAAGGUUUG